ACUGAAAGAUAAGGUCUGAGCCUCAAGCACCAGUGAUAGGACAGUGCUCCAAAUCCCCAGCUGGCUGGCCAUGUGGUGAGCUCAAGAACAGCAUCGGAUGGGACAACAGGCAGCAGAGCGCUCCUCCUGUCUGCUCUGAAGGCGUUCCCAACGGCUCCAGCCUGGCACAAUGGUGUCACAGUCCAUGGGCUGGAGGGAUUCUCCUGUGGUCUCCUGGGAAGGGACCAGCCAUGACUCUGGAGACACUGACAGGCCGGCAAGCUUCCAGGACGCAGGGCCCUCUCCUUGCCAGUUAGAUGUCAGAUUCACAAGGCACAAAGCUUCCUGGUUUCUCCCCCCAUGUGUGCAGCAGCCACUGCAGGACUUGGCCCCCCGACUGCCAACCGCAAGGAACGGUGGGAAGCACUCUGUGGCCUUUGCUGCCUCUCCCUCGGGCCCUUUGCUGCUGUCCCUAAGUGGCCUGGUGGAGACAUCAUUAUCCGAGGAUGCCACGGACUCUGUGGGCAGAAGCACUGUCCACGGCUCGGGGCAAAGCAGUAACGGCUUCUCCUUGGGCUCCUCAGAGGAAGCAGUGGUUCUCCCAGGACAGUCUCAGCAGGCAUCUCUGUCCACAGGGACAUCUCUAUGCAAUGUUCCGGUCACUUCCCCAUUGCCUGGGGUUCACAGUGCUGUGGCUGCGUCUUCCCACUUGACAGCUUCUGAGGAUGAAGGUGCUACGCAAGGCAGUAGAAGAGCCAUUUCUUUGAAUUCCUUCCCACCUGAAGUGUUCGUGCUGCCUGUGGACACAGAAAAGGAAAAUGCCCACUUUUAUGUUGCAGAUAUGAUUAUAGCAGAAAUGGAGAACAUGAAGUGGAACAUUCUCAACCAGCAGCAGACCCGGAUCUGGGGCACAGACAAAGCCAGUGGGUCACCUGGGGAUGAUCAAGCAGACCCUGAAGCCACCUUGGACACCCACAUGGAGCGAGAGUCUGGGUCUUCCACUUCUUCAGACAGUGGCUGUGAAGGUUGUGCUGUGUUCCCGGUCAGCCCAACAGCUGAAGGAACUUCUUACGGUAAUGUGUACAAAGAGGCCAGCAAGCAUGGUGUGGAUGAAUUCGUCAUCUUAGGACUUGAAGAGUUUAAUGACAUCGGAGAAACCCAUAGCUGCUCUUGCAGCUCAUUGACAAGUGUUACUUAUGACCCAGACUUCAAUUCUGCUGAGCGAUUAGCCAGAGAGUUGUACCGAGUAUUUCGGAAGUCCUGGAAGGUUUCCCAAGUGGGUUAUCAGCUGGCAGCUUCCCUGAAGGCAGCCAGCUCAAUAGUUGUAAAUGAAGAGAAUGUCCGAAAAGACUUUGAAUCCAGUAUGGAUGUUGUACAGGAAAUUAAACUUAAGUCCAGGAUCAGAGGAACUGAAGAUUGGGUGCCCCCUAGAUUUCAAAUCAUAUUUGAUAUUCAUCCACCACUCAAGAGAGAGCUGGGAGUAGUAGCCCAGAAUUUUUUCUGUGCUGGCUGUGGAACCCCCAUAGAACCCAAGUUUGUGAAGAGGCUGCGGUACUGCGAGUACCUGGGGAAGUAUUUCUGUGACUGCUGCCACUCCUAUGCGGAGUCCUACAUCCCAGCACGGAUCCUGAUGCUGUGGGACUUCAGGAAGUACUAUGUGAGCAACUUCUCCAAACAGCUGCUCGACCACAUCUGGCACCAGCCCAUUUUCAAUUUGCUGAGCCUCAGUCACAGCCUCUCCACAAAAGCCAAGGAACUGGACAGGGUGAAGGACAUCCAGGAGCAGCUUUUUCAUGUCAAGAAGCUGUUGAAGACUUGCAGGUUCGCUGACAGCACAUUAAAGGAGUUUGAGCAAGUGCCCACACACCUGACUGACGAGCUCCACCUCUUCUCCCUGGAGGACCUCGUCAGGACCAAGAAAGGGCUGCUGGCGCCCUUGCUCAGGGAUGUUCUGAAAACUUCCUUGGCCCAUGUGGCCAGCUGUGAGCUGUGUCAAGGAAAGGGCUUCAUUUGUGAAUUUUGCCGGAGUAAGACUGUCAUCUUCCCGUUUCAGACUGCAACCUGUAGAAGAUGUUCAGCGUGCCGGGCUUGCUUUCACAAGCACUGCUUCCAGUCCUCCGGCUGUCCCCGGUGUGCCCGAAUCACAGCUCGGAGAAGACUCCUGGAAAGCGCGCCCCUGGCCGCCACGUGAUGCUCAAGAGUCUCCUGGAAAAGCUGAUUUACUUAACAGCGACCUGUGUUGCACUGUCGGUCAGGUUGUCUUAGGCAUCAAGAGUCUCAUUUUAUAUAUUCAGUGUUUUGAAAGAAUGCUGUCUUUGUUCUUAAGCAGGGUUGUUACUAGUGGUGUUUACACCCGUUGGACAUUUUUGCUGCUGCUGUAUUUUUUUAUUUAAGCAAACUUGUUUCUGAUACUUUUUAAGUUCUAUUGGGAUGGUUGUGUUUCGUUAAUUUCUGAGCCCUCUCCCUUUUCUAAUGAACUGCAACUGACAAGAUGAAUUACUCAGUUCUUUCAUUAAAGCUUGUUUGUUGAAACUGGUCAUUUCAGUGAACAAAAAUGCAACCAAAGAUCCGUUUGGUUAGGCUUUUUGUUCUUUCAGGAAUCAGACAAUUUAAAUACCAUUUGUGAUUGUGUCAUUCAUACACAUUCAUUCCAGAGUUAGUGUAGAGAGUGCAUAUUGCUUCUGCAGUAAAAUGUAUUUCAAUACGAAUUUGCCUCUCCAGGGCAGAGAGGUCCAGGAGAGAUGUAAUUUGAAGUAGAGGCCUCUAGAAGGCACUGUUGUAGGUGGCUGACAGCAGGCCGUGGAUGCUGUUUCACUCUAGUUCUAGACUCAAAGGAGGCUGGGGUGACUAGAACUUCAUCUAUACAUAGAACUUCAUCCAUUAUAUAUACCAAAUGUAAGUUAUUUGAAGAUUUAAAUAAACUAGGACAAAAAUACUGUGAAUAAACAAUGUAAUCCUAGUAAUAACACUGGAUUGUUGACAUUAGUUAAUAAAAUUAGAUGAAACAGGUGUGGUGGCACAUGUCUCUAAUCUCAGCACUCAGGAGGCUGAGGCAGGAGGAUUGCAAGU